AUGUUCGCAAUGCAAGAGGAGGACUUCGAGAGGGAGGUGAAGGUGGUGGUUGUGGGCAACGGCGGCGUGGGAAAAACGAGCUUGAUCCGCCAGUUUUGUAGGGGGCACUGCCCCAUCGAGUACAAGAAGACCAUCGGCGUCGACUUCCUGGAGAAGAGCCAGUUCGUCAAGGCCUUGCAAGAACAAGUGAAGCUCAUGCUGUGGGACACGGCGGGGCAAGAGGUAUUCGAUUCCAUGACUCGCGCAUACUACCGAGGCGCCAGAGCUGCCGUCCUUUGCUUCUCCACGGACGACAGGCAAUCCUUUGAAUGCGUUAAGACAUGGAAGAAGAAGGUACACAAGCACGGAGGUAUUUACGGGCCUACACUCAGUUUCAUGCACCAGGUGGAGAGAGAAUGUGGAAAGAUUCCCAUGGCACUGGUGCAGAACAAGGUUGAUCUCUUGGACCAGACCGUCGUGAGCAGGCAAGAAGCUGAAGCCUUGGCCGAGCAGCUGGGACUCCGCUUCUACCGGAUUUGUGUCAAGCAAAACCUCUACGUGGCGGAUGUGUUUGAGUACCUUGCAGAGAUGAUACUGCAACGGCACGACGAUGCCCCAUUGCCAUCGACCACACCAGCAGGUGUUCUGCUGAGCGGCCACAAUGCGCAGCGGCAGCAGCCGAAAGAUUUCUACAAGCAUGUACACCAAAGGUUUCCCGAAUCUCGCAUAAUCCGUAGCAGCAACAAGGUGAUGAGGGACUGCACCAUUCUCUGACGUGACGGGGUGAC